AUUUUGACAAAGACGACGCCGCUUCUCCGGUGGAAUAGCUGGGUAACUUUAUACGUAAACCAAAAAGACAAGACCGGUAAACCGAUUGAAAACAGGGAGACAGAUGAGAUCUGUUGAUUGAACCGAGCUUGGUUCAAAGCGCGAGAAGCCCUAACGAGUGUAAACUCGUUGUUACCAUCUGCCCCCAAAAAAUCGAUCUCUGGUCUCAACUAUCGAUUUCCAGGCAUCUACAAAUGGCUGUAUGCACCAAACUCGGGGUUUUACAGAACAGAAAUGUUCCAGUGACAUCAAUGCUCCGCUACAUGUCCACAAAACUUUUCAUUGGUGGCCUAUCACCAGGAACUGACGACCAGUCCUUAAAAGAUGCUUUCUCUACCUUCAAUGGAGUGACAGAGGCAAGAGUCAUGACAAACAAAGUGACGGGAAGGUCAAGGGGUUAUGGAUUUGUCAAUUUCACAAGUGAGGAUUCUGCCAAAUCUGCUAUUUCAGCUAUGGAUGGACAGGAGUUGAAUGGGCGUAACAUCCGCGUGGAUGUUGCAAAAGAAUGGCCGAGCUUGCCGUUUUCUUCGGUUGAAGGUACAGAAGAUGAGAAGAAAGGCAAUAAGAUGGUGAGCCGAUCUGUAUGGAAAGAUCCGUUCGUUGACGCCUUCUUGAUGAAGAAGAAAAAUGCAGCUCUGAACAGGAAAAUAUGGUCAAGGAGGUCGACGAUUCUGCCAGAGUAUGUUGAUUCGUCGGUGAGAAUCUACAAUGGCAAAACUCACGUGCGUUGUAAGAUCACAGAGGGGAAAGUUGGGCAUAAGUUUGGAGAGUUUGCGUUUACAAGGAAAGUGACAAAGCAUCCUAGAGCAAAGUAAGUUUUAAGUUCUUGAGUAUGAAUUGGUCAGCUUGAGAGGAUUUGUUGGAGAAAAAACCAGAAACGAAUCAAUAAGAAUUUCCAAGUAGGGAUAUAACUCAUUUGAGCUUAGAAGUGUUUUUUUGUAUCAGCCUCGAAGUCUUGUUUUAAUUUUUAUGAUGAUACCUAUGUGACAUUAGAUCAUUUUUGAAGACCAGUUUCACUUUGAUAAUGCCAAGUAACAGGACAUGAUCCA